CUGGCGGGGACCUGUGUUCUGUAAUAAUACUUGAGAAUAUACGAUGGAUUAGUUAAAUAGAAGUAGGAUUAAAGUGGGUACUUAGGCGCAAAGGAAUUGGAGUUAGGUGGUGAAAUGUGGGCUGGGCUGGGCUGUUAGAUUUUGCGAGAAAAGAUAGAAGAAAGCUGCAGGAUCCAAGUUUGUGUUGUGAAUAUCGAUGCAAGAAGCUGAACCUGGCCUUUAUAAAGCACCACGUCACUCGAGGAGUUGGAUGAUGAUGACGAUGAUACAUUUUGGGAUCUGGAAUUAGAACCGAAUCCUCCAAACCCAUAACCCAUUGUUGUUUUUCCUCUUCUUUUAACUUGAAACCAACCAACUCUCAUCUCUCAGCUUCAGCUACUUUCCACUCUUCGAAAGCUCCAAUUUCCAAUGGGGGAGGAGGACAAGAAACCGGAGGAUACAAAACCAGAGGAACCCCCGAGGGCGGCUCCCGAUCAAGAGCAAACAGGGGCCGAGAGCGACAAUAAAGAAUCAAAAGAUGCCGUCGAAGAAAAACCUCUUCCUAAACCUCCUCAGGAUAUUGUGCUCUCUGUUUUUAUGCAUUGUGAAGGCUGUGCCCGCAAGGUCCGCCGCUGCCUCAGAGGCUUCGAAGGGGUUGAAAGUGUGGAGACCGAUUGUAGAACUCAUAAAGUCGUGGUGAAAGGAGAGAAGGCCGAUCCGGUCAAGGUUCUAGGCAGACUUCAGAGGAAAAGCCACCGCCGGGUUGAAUUGAUCUCUCCAAUUCCCGAGCCCACUGCCCCGAUCCCUGAACCCGUAGAGAAACCCAAAACAGAGGACACCAAACCACAGCCUCAGAUUCUAACAACGGUCGUCUUGAAAGUGCACAUGCACUGUGAGGCCUGCGCUCAAGAAAUCAAAAGAAGGAUACACAGAAUGAAAGGUGUUGAAUUAGUGGACCCAGAUCUAAAGAGCUCGCAGGUCACCGUGAAAGGAGCGAUCGAUCCGGCGGCGCUGGUUGCAUAUGUUCAUCGCCGAACUGGAAAACACGCUGCGAUUGUGAAGCAAGAGCCGGAAAUUACGCCGGAGAAUAACGAGUCAGAAGUUGCUGCGAAAGAAGUCGAAGAAGAGAAGAAAGCCGACGCCAGUGACGGAGUUGAAAGUGAGAAAAAGGUGGAGGAAGAAAGUAAAGUCGAGGAGAAACCCGCGGCUGCAGCUGCCGGCGGUGGAGAGGCAGAAGGAACCGCCCCUGCGGAGGCCGAUCCGGUGGCGGAAGAAGCUCCGAAGAUGGUGGAAGUGAAGAAGAAUGAAUACCAUUAUUACCCGCAAAGGUAUAUUAUGGAAAUGUAUCCGUAUGCACCGCCGAUGAUGGGCGAUGUAGCGUACCCGGCGCCGCAUAUGGUUGUGGACGCGUACCCGGCGCCGAUGAUGAUGGGGCAUGCAUAUCCACCUCAGAUGUUCAGCGAUGAAAAUCCAAAUGCUUGUUCCGUCAUGUAAUGUUCUCUGUUUUGUUCUAUAGGAUUUUCUUCCACUGGGACGGAAGUAUAAACAUAUAAUCAACGGGUGGUGUUGAGCCGUAGAAUUUUGUGAAUUGUUACAAAGUUCUAUUCCACUGCCACAUGUUAUAAAACAUUGGCGUAUAUUAUAUCAUUAGUACGUGUGAUAAAUAGGAUCGUUACCACAAAUUAAUUUAAUGUCAUAAAAUCAUAUUGGUCAACCCAAUUAUAGAUUUAUAAUACAUCA